AUGACAACUCGAGUUUCUGCAACCCUCUCCUUCCUUCUCCUCUGGACCCUGCCAGGGCAGGUCUUCCUCAGGGUGGCUUUGGCAAAAGAGGAAAUCAAAUCUGGGACCAAGGAGUCCCAGCCCAUGUCCCCCUCUGAUUUUCUUGACAAGCUUAUGGGGCGGACAUCUGGAUAUGAUGCCAGGAUUCGACCCAAUUUUAAAGGCCCACCCGUGAAUGUGACCUGCAACAUCUUCAUCAACAGUUUUGGCUCCGUCACUGAGACUACCAUGGACUAUCGGGUAAAUGUCUUUUUGCGGCAGCAGUGGAAUGACCCACGCCUGGCCUACCAAGAAUAUCCUGAUGACUCGCUGGACCUCGACCCUUCCAUGCUGGACUCUAUAUGGAAACCAGACCUGUUCUUUGCCAAUGAGAAAGGGGCCAACUUCCAUGAGGUGACCACAGACAACAAGUUACUGCGCAUCUUCAAGAAUGGAAAUGUGCUCUACAGUAUUAGGCUGACCCUCAUUUUGUCCUGCCCAAUGGACCUCAAGAACUUCCCCAUGGACAUCCAGACCUGCACAAUGCAGCUGGAGAGCUUUGGCUAUACCAUGAAUGACCUUGUGUUUGAGUGGCUGGAAGAUGCUCCUGCUGUCCAAGUGGCUGAGGGGCUGACUCUGCCCCAGUUUAUCUUGCGAGAUGAAAAGGAUCUAGGCUACUGUACCAAGCACUACAACACAGGGAAAUUCACCUGCAUUGAGGUAAAGUUUCACCUGGAACGGCAGAUGGGCUACUAUCUGAUUCAGAUGUACAUCCCCAGCCUACUCAUCGUCAUCCUGUCCUGGGUCUCCUUCUGGAUCAACAUGGAUGCUGCCCCUGCCCGUGUGGGCCUAGGCAUCACCACUGUGCUCACCAUGACCACUCAGAGCUCUGGCUCCCGGGCCUCUUUGCCAAAGGUAUCCUACGUGAAGGCAAUCGACAUCUGGAUGGCUGUGUGCCUGCUGUUUGUGUUUGCUGCCCUGCUGGAGUAUGCUGCUGUGAAUUUUGUCUCCCGUCAGCAUAAGGAAUUCAUAAGACUUCGAAGAAGACAGAGGCGCCAGUUCAUGGAGGAAGACAUUAUUCGAGAAAGUCGCUUCUAUUUUCGUGGCUAUGGCCUGGGCCACUUCCUGCAGGCAAGAGACGAAGGUCCAAUGGAAAGUUCUGGCAUUUAUAGCCUCCAGCCUCCAGCCCCUCUUCUAAGGGAGAGAGAAACCAUAUGGAAACUCUACGUGGACCAAGCCAAGAGGAUUGACACCAUCUCUCGGGCUGUCUUCCCUUUUACUUUCCUCAUCUUCAACAUCUUCUACUGGGUUUUCUAUAAAGUCCUAUGGUCAGAAAAUAUCCACCAGGUGCUGUGA